GGUCCUCCUGGGACCGGAAAGACAACAGUAUCAGAGGGGAUCGCUCGGUACUGCUACCAAAAAGGACAUCCUCUUCUUAUCGUCUGUGGCUCAAACUUCGGGUUAGAUGUCAUAGCCAGACGAAUUACCCUCAGAUUUCCAAACAGCCAGCCGCCGCUCGAAACAUCGCGUAUCUAUAGGCUGGGUACCGAUUUUCACGAAACGAGCGAAAUGCAGAUGGCGCCAGGAGCACUGAAUCAAUCGUCCCUUGGAAGCGCAGAGUUCGAUGCUGCGCAUAUGGAAUUACUCCAGCUCGGCAUCCAGCCAGAGCUACUUAAGGUUAUCAAGCAGUCAGUACAGGAUAUGGUCAGUGCGUCUAGCGACUUUUCACUCGGUUCGAGAAUCAUCUCCAGAAUGGAACGGGCGGCACAACUCGGCUCCAAUUGGCCACAGACAACGAAUGAAGAACGUGAUGAGAUGACAUUAAUCUGGAACUACUUCACAUGGCAGAAAUGUCUGUUGAGAGAGGGCAUAGCGUUCGCUGAGCCGGUGAGUGCCAGUGGCGAGGCAGACCCGAUAAGGGCAGGUGCUGGUACAGAUAGGUCAGAAGAGGAUGUCCAGCCUCUCCACGCGAGUUUCGUGCAGCAGCUUCGGCGAGCUUGGACAGACCUCCAAGAAUUCUACCUUGGGCAUGCGAAGAUAAUUCUAUGCACGGCGUCAACCGCUAGCCGCAAGUCGCUACGUGGCUUCAGGCCGGAAUUUGUUCUCGUUGAAGAGGCAUCACAGAUGCCAGAGAGCACCUGCCUCAACGCCAUCUCGCGUUAUAUUUCAAACCUCAAAAAAGUUAUCCUGAGCGGUGACAUCGCGCAAUUGCCGCCGACUGUCACAUCCUUGCACAUGAACGAAGCCUACUCUUCCGAGAAGGUGUCGUUAUUCCAAAGGAUGCUUCAGUCGGGGGUACCUGACGUUCAAUUGGCAGUCCAGUAUCGCAUGCAUCCCCAUAUUGCAGACUUCGUCAGUGCGGAGUAUUAUGAACAGAAACUGGUCAACAACCCUUCCUACAAGCAGGGCAAGCUGUCCGACACAUUCUCGAACUACAUGGUACAACGCUAUCAUUGUUAUGCCGGUGCUUCGUUCUUCGUUUCGGUUGAGAAUUCAACAGUCUUCAGAAGACGAAAUGGAACAUCUCUCUUCAAUCCUGAAUAUGUGAGUUUCAUCGGAGAAUGGGUCGCUUGGUUCUGUGGGUUAGGUUGUCCGCAACAGUACAUCCUAAUAUUAUCAUUUUACAGCGAUGAACGGCGCAUAUUGGCAGACCUGAUGCGCAAACUGGGCUUCAAGGAUGUCAAAAUCAGCAGUGUUGACGCCUCCCAAGGGGAUGAGUCAGAGAUAGUAAUUCUAUCCACAACUCGG